CCUGUUACUUAUUCCAGACAUUGCUCUGCCAGUUCUCCGUUUAGGACACAAGACUACGUGAGACAAUAUAGACUGUAAAAUGAAACUUGACAUUCCUCACGUUAUGCGGUGGUUCUUCCUGUAUUUCACUACCUUUGCAUCACUUUUACCCAGUCAUGUAUCCACCAAAAGUCUACCCCUCUAUUCUUAUGAUAAUUCUAUGCUUGUUCUCCUUCAUCCAUUUGAUCCGAAACUCUUAAAACCAUUUGAUGCUCUAGCUGAAUAUGCUCGAGUUUCAGUGUACGAGAUGCUUAGGUACUUAGAUCAGAAGAGGUUAAAUGGUAAUCCAUUGUAUAACAACUCUGCAUGCGUCGUCGAUGUGACCUCGAUUGUUUAUGGAAUCUUUCGAUCAGACAAGGAGGCAGUGAAAUGGUUGGAUGCUGCAGGCAAGAUUGUCCCUGGUGUCUCUGGUGGUGGUAUCAACUGGGUGGGAAGCAUGGAAUUGUGUCGAAAUAUUACAGAUUUUAGCUACGGUUUGUCCCAGCAUGUUCAAGGAAAGUAUUGUUCUGCAUAUGUGAAACUUCCUUCAGCGGAAGAACUUCCUCAACAGUUGUCAUUCGAACUGAAUUAUGGAGUGUGCAUUCCUCAUUCUUGUACGAAGGAUGAUUUGAUUUGGCUACUAGACAUGGGUUUGUUAAUUUUUAAUUAUGAUUGUAUAGUGCUUUCCAAGGUAAAUUUAUCCAUAGAUAACUCCACAAGCUUCUGUCAUGCAGAUUUUGGAGAACUACCUAAAGACGGUUGGUUUUGGGUAGCAAUGUCUUUGUUAGUUUCUAUGAUCAUUCUUCUGAUAAGUGGAACAAUGGUGGAUGUAGUUCUAUGGUGCAAUUGGAAUUAUCGCUUUUAUGAAUUUCUGUACAACAGGAUAAGAGUCGGUUUGCCUGAGGAUACAUUUACUACCAGUGAGGAGGAAAAGCUAAUUGAACAAACUCCGUGUGACCAGUCGGAAUCAGUUAAGUUAUCAUAUUUUGAAUACAGAACCGAUUUGUUGUCCAAUACAACUCCGUUUGUCAAAUUUCUUACAACUUACUCUAUACCGUUUAACACAUCCCGUCUAUGGCACUUCAAACCAAGUCAAGUUCUAAAUAAAUCGGGUCACCCUUGUGAUCAUCCUUUACUGUGCUUAGAUGGCAUUCGAUUUCUGACUAUGAAUUGGAUAAUUUAUGGGCAUUGUAUAUUUUUUAGCAUGUUUGUUGCAAAUAACAUGUUACUGUACUCACAAAUUCAUCGACCAAAAUGGGCCUAUCAAGCAAUAAUUGGUUCAACUUUGUCUGUGGAUACAUUCUUUUUUAUGUCAGGUUUAUUAUCUACGUAUCUCACCAUUCCAAAACUUCGACGAAUUCCCAGUUGGAAACAUUGGAUAAAAUUUUGGUGGAGCUUCGUAUUUCAUCGUAUUUUACGUUUAACUCCAGCUUAUCUUUUAGUCUUGAUACUGUAUACUGGAUUAUUUAAUCAUGCUUAUGUCGGUCCAAUGUAUCCUCAAACUCCUAAUUUGAUGGAUAUAAAAUUUUGUCGUGAUCAUUGGUGGAUAACAUAUUUGAAUAAUUUUAUUUAUCCAGAUGAAGCGUGCAUGGGAUGGUCAUGGUAUUUGUCAAACGAAAUUCAAUUUUCAAUUGUGUUAUCUCCAAUCUUCUUAUGUUUAGUAGCAUGGAAUGAAUCUAUCGGUGUACUGUUUGGUUUUGGACUUAUAAUUUCUAGUAUCGCGUCCACAUUUGGCAUAUCUUAUGCGAAUGAUUAUUUACCUGGUCUUCUAUCAACCUCAUCAUUCACAACUAUUUACAUAAAACCGUAUACACGUUGGAGUACAUAUGCUAUUGGCCUUUUAUGCGGCUGGUUCCUAGAAAAACACAUCAAUAUUUUGAAUAAUGUGAAUACAAAAACGAAGGUUUUGAUUGGUGUGAUUGGUGUAUGCCUGUCAUCAAUAUUCUGUGUAUCUACUGUCUACGGAUUGUAUGGACUACUAAGUGGAAAGGUCGAACCAUUCACAACGUUUGGAGCUGCAACUUAUACAGCAUUCCAUCGACCUAUUUUUAUUCUCGGUAUUGCAAUCGUUGUAUCGAUGUGUGCUCUUGGUUGUGGUGGUCCAAUUCGCUGGAUUCUCACAUUGUCUGUAUUCCGUGUUCCUUCACGGUUGACAUAUACAGCUUAUCUUGUACAUCCGAUAGUGGUUCUAUUCAUCGCUUUAGGAAGUCAGAACCCAAUACUGCUGGAUGACCUGCAUUUGAUAGUUAUGUUCUUUGCCGUUCUACCAAUUACUUAUUGCUUGGCAUACUUGGUCACACUGGCAACUGAGUCACCAGUAAUAGCUAUGACACAUAGUUCUGGAGGGAAAAAGCCUUUGUCAUCAGAAAGUUCCAUGUAAACGAAAACAAUUGAUCAUGAGUAAAAUCUAGUCAAAUUUAAGUUUCACUACUUGUCUUUCUUGAAGUUAUCAAUUUGUAUACCAAUGUAAAGCUAUGGAAUUUUGCUUAGCUUUUUUUUUCAUUAUUCUUGAUUUUUGUAUCCAUG